AUAAUUAUUUAUUUAUUUAUUUUUUACUGCAGGUCUUGUAUCUGGGAUGACGUCAUCUCUUUGUUCAACCAUGACGUCAUCAUGGAGUAACCCACACUUAGUUGUGCAAGAGUCAGCGAUGGGUGUUUCUGACAAUCACAAAAAACACAAAAUGCCGAAGAAUAAGAAUACCUAUGCACUUUUUCCUUUGGCUACCAUGCCUGAAACCGUUAUGCCCCGUGAGGAGAAACUGGAGGAAAUGAAAGGCAAAAUUUACCUAAAAAAGAGAGAUGCGGAAAUCUUUGUGGAGGAGACCAAUCAAAUGUUGGGUAAAAAUGAAAAGAUAAUAUUCACACUGAGAGAACAGAACAAAAAGAAACGGAAACGCCUGUCGGAAGGCUUGAGCUUUGACAAACAUGUCAUUGAAAAUGCCUUUGAGAACCAAAAAGAAGACAAGCUGUCAAAGAAACAUAGCACUGUGGAUCGUGUGAUAUAUGUGAUGGAGCACAAAGUGGGCAAGGCCAAGAACCGUCUGAACUGUAUGCUCUACGAAGCGACCCAGCGUGAGAGGAAGCUGGCCGAGCUGGAGAACAAGUUGUUCAGGCUGAUCACGCUCGAGUACCGAGACCUAGACAAAGAGCAGAAAAAGGAAUUCCGUAGACUUGAGAACGAGCUGGAGAAGUCAAAAAUAAAAUAUGAUGCUUCGUUGAACAUAAAGCAGAGAUAUGAACAAAUACUGGGACAUCUCAAACUGGAGUGCCGUACGUAUCCCGUGAAGCUGAGUAAAAUGGAGCUAGAGAUAGAGGAGUCGGAAAGGGAUCUGGAGGAGGCGAUGAGGAUGAAGAAAAAGGCCGUCAAGUGCUGGGAGCAAGUGAACAAAGACCUGUAUGUCCGGGAGCAGCAGAUCAUUGCCUCCAAGAGAUUACGCGACAUGAAGCUGGGCAAGGCAAGGAGAGACGUGGAUCGGCAGAAAGAUUUGUUGGAGGCCGCCUCCAGGAGGGUUCAUGAAGUCGAGGAAAUUAUAGAAUCAGAAGUGAACAUUUGUGAGCAGGAUGGUCCAACAGGAUACUUUGCCGUCAAACAGUCACUGAUUGCGUUGGAGGAGGCAUUUGACAAACUCAAGAGGUCUAUCAAUGUUGCAGAUCUCCAGGAUGUGGUGGAGCACGUAGCCAAACAGGACGAGACCACGGAGCGGCUGGUGGCAGCCAAGGAGGACAUGAUGCGGAGAAUCAACAAUGUGCGCGAAGAACACGAGAGAGAGGUCAAUCUCCUUGACAGCAUCAAGUUUGCCAACAACAAGCAUGACCUACAGUCACGUGAGCAUAUGUACGAGGUGCUAAAAUUUGUCAAACAAGAAGAAGAACGAAAACUGAAGAAUAUACAAACCAUGGAAACCAAGAGGAAAGUGAAACUACAAGUGGAAGCUGGUAUUGAAACAAUCUAUGCGAAACUCGAUGUUGUCAAAAUUGAUUUGCCACUGUACAUAAAGAAUGAAACCCUCGUAGAAAUCCUGAAUGUGUGCGACAAGAAGGUGGAACAUCUGAUGGAGACGAUCAAGUCUGAAAAGGCAUCUCAAGUCCAAUAUAAACGUAUCGACACCACAUUGAAGCUGCACGACUAUAUGCAGUUUGUCCUGCCGGUGGAGAACGUGCGUAUCAAGCUGGUGAAGGACCUGGACCUGGGCGGGGACGAGAGCCAGUUCAUGUUUGACCACGACCAGGAUAACGACGGGCUGCUCACGCGCGAGGGCAUCAAGAUGCACGCCGAGAACUGCCUCAUGCCCAAGAAGAAGAAAGGCACAAAGUCUAUAAAGCACUGAGUUGUACCAAUGCCCAUUUGAAAAUUGUUAAAAAAUAAAUUCAAUAUAUAAUUUAA